AUGCUACUAUUAUAUGCGGCGACCGUACCUGGAAGGUCUAGAAGCAAAUCUUCGCUAGUCGCUCUGAAUGCUUCAAGAAAGCCUUCUAUGGCAAAUUUUCCCCAACUAUCACCACCAGAUAUCAAGGCAGUCCUCUAUAUCCCAGCUGUAAUCAACGACGCCACGAACCUCUUCCGCGUAGCCAAUUACUUCUGCCCGGACGACCUACAAGCACAAAUCAAGAACCGUAUCCAGCAAGCCCUGCAAGAGAAACUCGAAUACACAAUCCGGUACCUAAUCUUAGGCAAGGAGCACACUAGAAGUCCUAAUAUAACCCGCAUGCAGUUCAGCCACUUCAUGAAAGGCGUCGCAAUAGCGUAUGACUUAGACAACGCCUGGGCUAAAUCCGUCUUCGUCGACUUCGUAGCCAAGACGCGAUUUUGGAUCUUCUGCGACGACACCUUCAGAUCCAUGUGCAUGGAAACACCGGAGUUCUACUACACUCUUGCUGAUCGGUUCGUCGAGGUUGCGACUCAGCCUUUCUGGUCUGCUCAACCACCUACGGAUUGCUACUUCUGCACACGGUUGGAUUCAGAUGAUCAGGAAAUCUAUUGGACAAGGACCAUAAUCAGAUGGAAGAGGCUUUUUGCAGUGUGUAGCUUUUGUGCGUCUGUUGGGAAGUUAGAGAGUCCUGAGGAUUGA